UCUUCCCGCCGCUGGGGCGGGAGCUUCUGCGCUAGCAGCUCCGCCCGGUCUCGGGGGUCCUCCUAGGGUGCCGGCGUUACCCUCCCAGCUGGGGGGACGCCUGUGGAAGUCGCGGCGGGAGAAGGCACUGGGAGGCCUGCAGGACCCUGUGGGGUUGGAGGAAGAGCUGUGUUUCCUGUGCGUCCCCUUUGUGUGGAGCACGGCUGCGUGUGGGGAGCAGGCGUGGCCGGAGGAACGGGUGUGCAUUUCCGCGCUUCUCGGCCGCCGGCGGGAGCAGGGGAGCAGCAGUGCGGCUCGACUCUGCAGAGAGGUACCCCGGCCCCGGUGGCUGGCCGCGUCUGCCGCGGGGAAGUUCCGGGAGUGUUGCUACGCCGUGUCCAUGGACUAGCCGAGGCAGCGGAGGGAACCUCGGUUACGCCGACCGCCGUCUCACCUCCCCCGCCCAACUUGGGGAAACUUAGCGAGUAAGCAGGCUGCUGCCCCUGGAACCUGUAAGAGCUCCAAAUCCUGACAGUUUUCCUUGCCUUUGUGCUGCACCAGCUUAGUCCUUACAUAUGAAGAUUUGAUGCUCUGCACCCUGGUGUCAUACUGAACAUAAAGAUUCCUUCAGUGGUCAACUUCUCCCUGGGAUGUGAAAAGAGCAGUCUACGCUGUGCUAUAGAAAAUGCACUAUUAUCGAUAUUCUAAUGCAGAAGUCAGCUGUUGGUACAAAUACCUGCUCUUCAGCUACAACAUUGUCUUCUGGCUAGCUGGGGUGGCCUUCCUUGCAGCUGGUCUGUGGGCAUGGAGUGAAAAGGGUGUAUUGUCUGAUCUGACAAAGGUAACUGGUCUUCAUGGUCUGGACCCAGUGUUGCUUGUGUUAGUGGUUGGAAUAGUGAUGUUUACUUUGGGAUUUGCUGGUUGUGUAGGAGCGCUGAGAGAAAACAUCUGCCUUCUGAAGUUUUUCUGUGGAGCAAUUGUGUUUAUAUUCCUGCUGGAGGUGGCAGUGGCAGUUCUGGCUUUCCUGUUCCAGGACUGGGUGAGGGACAGGGUCAAAGAAUUCUUUGAGAACAAUAUUAAAUCCUACCGAGAUGAUAUUGACCUCCAGAACCUCAUUGAUUCGCUGCAGAAAAUUAACCAUUGCUGUGGUGCCCAAGGGCCAGAUGACUGGGACUUUAACAUAUAUUUUAACUGCAGCAGUGAAAGCAAAAGUCGUGAGAAGUGUGGUGUUCCUUUUUCCUGUUGUAUACCUGAUCCUGCACAAAAAGUUGUGAAUACGCAGUGUGGCUAUGAUAUCAGAAAGAAGAGCAAGAGUCAAUGGGAUGAUCAGAUUUUUGUCAAAGGAUGUAUUCUUGCCCUUGAGGCUUGGUUACCCCGAAAUAUCUACAUUGUUGCAGGUGUCUUCAUAGCUAUCUCACUGCUCCAGAUUUUUGGUAUUUUCCUAGCCAGGACAUUGAUAUCUGACAUUGAAGCUGUAAAGGCAGGUAAUGCCUUUUGAAUAUAAAAGAAAAAAAAAAGUGUAUUUUAUAGUUACUGGUUGGACACCAAGGAGGAAGAAAUACACAGGCCAUGAAAAACUCCUGCUAAAAGCCUUAUGUGGAUUUUGCCCAGCUCAUGCUUUUUUGUUGGAAGCUGGUACAAAAACAAGAUCUCAGAACACACACCCUUUUUUCUGACAAAAUGA